AUAGUUUGAAUGUAUUAGGAGCCCCCAUUGCUGUGUGGCCUCUCCUUGACGUCCCGUCAUUCCAUUGUUGGUCAAAUUCUCACAGUGACUGAAAGUUGUCAUUAGAGGAGCGCUUCUUUAGGUCCAUUAUUUGGCAUUUCGCAUUCAAGGAAUGCUCAGAUGACCUCAGCGAGAGGAACUCCUCACCCUUCCAGUUUUACCAGCCCCACCGGAGCUCAGACUGCCUCGUUUUUUUAAGCAGUGUGAGUUUCACAUGAGCUGCCAUUUCAGAAUUUCCUUUCAACUGAACAGAAGUUCUCUAACCUUCGCAAACCAGUAUCCUUUCGGGCUGUCCGUUCACCCAGGUCUGGCCUCUUCUAGAAAUCCAGCUCCCCAACAUGGCCUCUGCCUGGUCAGAAGAGGAGACCUUUGUCUGCUCGGUAUGCCUGGACACCCUGAAGGACCCGGCAACGCUGCCGUGUGGACAUUCGUACUGCUUGGCUUGUAUCCAGAGCCACUGGGACAAGAAAGACCGCAAGGGUCAGUGCAGCUGCCCCCAGUGCCGGCAGGUCUUCAACCCUCGACCCUCCCUGGCCAAGAGCACGGUGCUCGCCGAGUGCAUAGACCAGCUGAGAACCAAAAGCCUGCAGCACAGGUCCUCCACCACCAUCUCCUCUGCCCCGCCAUCCAUGCCCAUCUACCUGGAGGUCCUGCCGGCUAGAGAGACGCGACAGGGCGGCGUGUACCCUCAGCUUCCCACGGAGGACCCCGGGGCUUGCCCUCAACACAACCGAGCCCUGGACCUGUUUUGCUGCGAGGACAUGGAGUGCGUCUGCGAGGUGUGCUGCCAGCAUGGACACAAGGGACAUCGUGUGCGCAAACCACACGAAGAGAGGAAGGACAGACAGAAAGAGCUCGCUGGGAUGCAGGUGGAGCAACAGAAGAGAAUCCAGGCGACCUCAAAGAGGCUGGCGGAGCUCCCACAUGCUGCCCGCCAACACAAGGCCUUGGUGCAGGCCCUGAAGCAAGAGAGCACGGACGUGUUCGCGGAGCUCGUCGAGAGCGUGACCCUGACCGGCGCCCUGGUCGGCGAGGCCCUCGGCAAACACGAGGCCGCCUUAGGCAGCCGGGUGGAGGGGCAGGUCCACGGGCUGCAGCAGGAGGUGGCGACGCUGCGCUGGAAGAGCGAGGAGCUGAGCCGGCUGGCCGGCAUGCAGGACGACAUCUGCUUCUUGAAGAAUUUCCUGGUCAUGGAGCCGCCGGGUGAGGCGAGUUCCCCGGGGGAGUCCGUACUGAGCCAGGAGGAAGCGGUGGUGGCCUCCGUCCGCUCGGCCAUGAAAGAACUGCAAGAGUCGACGCAGGACCUGUGCAAAACCAGCCUGGCCAAGAUCGCCACAUUAGUGAAUACCGAUUCCGGGGCUUCAACUCACGGCGGUCCAGCAGCAGCUAACGACGGCGGUCGGGCCACCGCACCUAAAACAGCGUGUGAGACGACGAGUGACCUUCCACCUUUGCUACCGUCGCGACGUCCCUUGAGAAACCUCACAAGUGAGUUGCCACCUCCACCCGUCCCUCCUCGUCAACCUCAAUCCUCCACUGUAACUACAGUGGAACACGUCCAACCGGAGCCGAUGACAAGAGAAGAAAUGCUGAAAUUCCGCUUCGAACCCACCAUGGACGGCGACACGGUGUACCGGCACGUGCAGCUGUCGGACGGCGGUCGCAAGGCCACGAUGCGAGCGGAGAACCUGAACCUGCCAGAGCAUCCCGAGCGCUUCACUUUCUGGAGGCAGGUUCUCUGCAAGGAGGCCCUGGCAGGGAGCCCGUACUACUGGGAGGUGGAGUGGACAGGAAAGAAGAUCACCAUCGCCUUGGCCUACAAGGAGAUGGAGCGUAAAGGUUCUGACGAUGGCAGCCGCCUGGGCCACAACGCUCAGUCCUGGAGCCUGUACUGGUCCGGGACCGGCUUCUCCUUCUGGCACGACGGCCAGGAGAAAGCGCUGGGCUCGCCUAAGGCCCGUCGGAUCGGCGUCUAUCUGGACCAGCACACGGGGGUUCUGGCUUUUUACCGCAUCGCCCACAACCAAGCGGACCUCAUCCACCAGCACCAGAGCCACUUCACCGGCCCACUGUUCCCGGGCUUCAGGUUCUGGACAGGAGUAGGUUCUACAGUGACUGUUUGCCAAUUGGAUUAAGUUGCACAUGGAAUAACAAGUGAUUGAUUGAUAUAAAUAUAUAUCACUUAGAUUAAUAAAACCUGCUUCUUUGGUUGGAAAUGUGUGAUUCUUUUAUUAUGGUGUCAGAGAAAGUGUCUGGUGUUCAAUGAUGUUCUUUUUGUUCCUGCUUUAGUUGAUCCAAUUUACAUUGAAUAAAGUGCAUAUUUAUAUAUUUAUAGUGGAUACACCGUCCAAAGUCUUGACACACCUUAUUAAAUUGAAUGAAGGGGAGUUAAAGGGCAAAGAGAGUGAUGUUAAGGGAAAGAACACACAUUUCAAUCAUAUUAAUGGCUCGUAAUGUAUGAUUAGUAAUGCUUACUGAGGUUAAAAUAAAUCAUUUUCCCGCAA